CAAACCGCUACAUGAUUGGCUAAUGAAAGAGGGCGGGUUUGAGUGUAGAGCUGAGGGAUUUAGCGUCCCCGCAGGGGAACAUUUGCCUGUCCCAUUGCGGCCAUGUCGUUCUGCAGUUUCUUCGGAGGCGAGGUUUUCCAGAAUCACUUCGAGCCAGGUGUCUACGUGUGUGCCAAGUGUGGCUAUGAGUUGUUCUCCAGUCGCUCAAAGUAUGCACACUCUUCCCCAUGGCCAGCGUUCACUGAGACCAUCUACGCAGACAGUGUGGCCAAGCGCCCUGAGAAAAACCGACCUGAAGCUCUAAAGGUGUCCUGUGGCAAGUGUGGCAAUGGGUUGGGCCAUGAGUUCCUGAAUGAUGGUCCCAAGCGGGGGCAAUCCCGGUUCUGAAUAUUUAGCAGCUCAUUGAAAUUCAUCCCUAAAGACAGAGAAGCUCCUGCCUCCCAGGGGCACGAGGCUAUGCAGGAGAUGGAAUGACAUUGGGGCUGCCCUGGACAGCCACUCCAGCCUUGGUCACCGCAUGAUCUGCUCUGGUUAAAUCCUUCUAAGCCAGCCAGGGUGGUGAUGAUCUGUGACCUUCAGGGAGGGGAGUGGGCUGAUGCCGAUGCCAGGGACUCUUGGACCGUUUCUUCUGGCAGAGAAAGCAGAACGCUGUUUCACAAUCUGGAUUCAUCUUGCCUCACUCUGGCUUGGGAAAGUGACUGUUGCCCCAUUACCUGACCAGUGUAGCAGGGGCCUUGAUCUCCUCCCUUCCCCCAGUUCAUACCUGCAGGGGUGUCCCCUUCCAAGAUAAGUUCACUGUACCUUACUAAUAUGCUUGGAAGCUCUUGACAUUUGGGAGCAUGGGUGAUGCUGAAACCCACUCCACCUUGAAUCUCUUCUGGAAUGAUCAAAUGGAAAUCAAUCAGCGUGAA